CGCUUCGGAUUGGACCUUGCCUCCCGCGUUCAGGUACGGCUUCGACCUACACCACCAUGUUCGCAGCUCGUAACGUCGUUAGGAGGUUACCCCAGCGUUCAAUCCGACGCUGGGCACAUACCCAACCAACCUUCAACCCGGUCACAGAACAGGACAUAGCUCGUUUCCAACAGAUCCUCCCCGCAUCCUCUAUUCUUUCAACGCUAGCUCCCAUCUCCACGCCUGUUGCUGAACUUUCCAAUUUCAAUAAUGACUGGAUGAACAAAUACCACGGAAAAUCAACCACUGUACUCCGUCCGUGCACAACCAAGGAGGUUAGCGAGAUCGUUAGGUGGUGCAAUGAGAGGGGGAUCGCCAUAGUCCCACAAGGUGGGAACACUGGCUUGGUCGGAGGUGGUGUACCCAUCAAAGACGAGCUCAUACUCAGUCUUGGGAACAUGACCAAGAUCCGCUCCUUCGACCCCGUUUCAGGUAUUAUUGUUGCGGACUCAGGUUGUAUUCUCGAAGCCUUGUCAGAAUACCUUGCGCCUCACAAUUAUAUCAUGCCUCUGGACCUUGGUGCUAAGGGCAGCUGUCAAAUCGGCGGAAACGUUUCUACGAACGCUGGAGGCCUCCGCCUACUCCGUUAUGGAUCUCUCCACGGUUCUGUUCUGGGUCUCGAAGUCGUAUUGCCCGAUGGCACGGUGCUGGAUCAGCUAACUACCCUCCGGAAGGACAACACUGGUUAUGACAUUAAACAGCUGUUCAUUGGUGCUGAGGGCACUCUUGGCAUCAUAACAGGUGUGUCGAUCCUCGCGGCACCUGCUCCCCAAGCCUCAAGCAAUGUCAUGCUUGCUUUGCCCAAGUACGAGAAUGUCCUGCCGCUGUUCCGCGAAGUCAAGCGCCAGCUAUCGGAGAUUCUUUCUGCGUUCGAGUUCAUUGAUCGGAGAGCGUACGAACUUGCCGUCAAACAUGGGCAGGGACGUGCCCUGAACGAUGAGGACGUCGAGGGCGCAGAGUGCUUCGUCUUGGUUGAGACCAGCGGCGGCAAGCGUGAGCAUGACGAAGAGGUUAGACUCAAACGCUUUCGCUUGUUAUGUAACAUCCUAACACGGACGCAGAAACUCAACGGCCUGCUUGAGUCACUCAUGGAGGCAGAUGAGCCUCUAAUCAAUACGGGUGUCCUGUCUCAAUCGCCUGCCCAAUUCUCCCAGCUUUGGGCGAUCCGUGAAGGCAUUACUGAGGCUGUAUCGAAAGAGGGCAAAGCAUACAAGUACGAUAUCUCAAUCCCUGUCGCCAGCUUCAAAGAAGCUGUGGACAAAACCAGGGAACAGCUUCGCUCGAAAGGCCUCCUCCGAGACGAUGCUGUGAAGCAUGUCGUCGGCUAUGGCCACGUUGGUGACGGCAACCUCCAUCUGAACGUGGUCGCCGCAGCAUACACACCAGAAAUCGAAGCGGCGCUCGAGCCUUUCGUGUAUGAACUAGUCGCGUCAUACAAGGGCUCUAUCUCUGCCGAGCACGGAAUAGGAGUCAUGAAGACUCACGCCCUUCCCUACACCAAGAACCCGACGAGCAUCGAGAUCAUGAAGAGGAUCAAGGCACUGUUCGACCCGAAGGGUAUCAUGAACCCAGGAAAAGUUCUGGAGUAGCCAAAUGUACCGGGAUCCAUUCACAAUCCGGAGGUCACUUUCGGGCUGUUAUCCCUUCACGCAGGAGCAGGAUCCCCUGCAAAUGCUUAUUGUUGCUCAUGAGUGUGUCAUAAUACACAGCGGGAGAAGCGCGAAGCUAAUCGUCGUUAGGAUAGUAUGCUGCUGCCACUGAAGAAAUUAGGUGGGAUGACGACAUCUCCACUAAAUUUAAGUUCACUAAAGCCUCAGGAUCUCCAUGGUCUGAUUCAUCGUCCUUUCAGUUUUCAAAUUCGCCGGGGUAAUGGGCGGCGUCUACAUCUAAGCCGACCCACGUGUAACUAUUCAACUUCACUGCAGAUUGCAGUUCCAUACAACGAUCAGACGGAACCUCUGACAUCAAGUAGUCGCCCCAGAAUACUGAAUUGACCAAACGCAAGGGCCCCUGGCGUUUAAUAGCAGUGGUAGCAUCUGUGGAUGGGCCGUACUGGCCAGCAUCCUCACUAUCUGCGUCAAUGGGCCCCUAGCUGGUGGACCUACUCCCCUACCGCCUCUCUCUUUUGCUGUGUACACUUCUAAACAAUCCUGGGGCUUCUUUCACAUUAUUUUGCGCCGCCACCCCACCGCGUUCCGACCACUGGCGAGCGCCGGCGGCAAGCAUAAUAUCGCCCUCAAGUGUGCAGCUGAUGUUGACACCUUGAAAGCCACCGCGGUUGUCAUGCACACAGCUGACAGGUCAGGUCUUGGUGGUGUAUGCCAUCACCGAGCCCGCGGUGGCGCCCGAUGGCAACACGUCUGAAGGUUCGCCAGAAGUAGACCUUCUCAAGGACGGCCCUCUCCAUGGCUCGAUUUGCCUCGAGUGUUAUCUGCACGAAAAAAUCAACAGCGUACCCACUGAGGAAACGUAUCAUCAUAACAGCAUCUACCUUUCAU